UCUCCCUCCUUCAACUUCCGCUCUUUUCAGUUUUCCAAAUAUCCACAAAGGCACAAACGCUGCCAUCAAUGCCAUUUUCGUAAUUCCAAUUCCUAACCAAAUUUCCCUUUCUCUUAUUUUUGUUUUCUCUCUCCCUGCAAAGAAAAUGGCGAGCGCUUGGAAAAAGCUGAAGAAAUCUCUGAUUCCGAAGCUUUCUACCCACCAACACCGCUCUUCCUCCUCCUUCUCCUCCUGUUCCUCAGCCAACGGCACUGCCUCUUCGCCUUCUCCUUCCUCUGUCUCUCGCUCUUCCUCUCUCCUCUCGUACAGCUUCAGCUUCCGCUCUUCUAAGAAGAUUUGUGCAAUUUGCUUGGGAAGCUUGAAAAAGGGAGAAGGCCUGGCCAUCUUCACAGCUGAGUGCUCUCAUCCUUUCCACUUCAAUUGUAUUGCAACCAAUGUGCAACAUGGAAAUCGAAUUUGCCCCAUUUGCCGCUCUGAAUGGAAAGACAUCCCCUUCCAAGCACCUAUAAAUGCUGCUGGUUCUCGGCGUAAUAACAGCAUGGGCCAACCCCGACUGUCUCCCUAUAAUGCUCCACUUGAAGAUACUUUUGUAUCUGGCUUCGGUCAUAAUCUGCAUCAACCAACCCCGCCUGAGUUGGAAACUGACCACUUUUCUGAUGAUGAACCACUUCCAGUCAUCCAUGCUGGCCCUGUAUCAUCCACUCGUCUACAAGCCAUAACCAUUAAGGCAUUACCAGAGUUUCCUGCUGUUUUAGCUUCAGAUUCUGUUUCAAAAUUCGCUAUUCUUGUUGGCAUUAGCGCUCCACCUUUUCAUGUUGAUGUUCAACAAUUUGAUCGUGCACCAAUUGACCUUGUCGCUGUGCUUGACGUAAGUGGCAGCAUGGCUGGCAAGCUUGCUCUUCUUAAGCGUGCUGUUUGCUUUAUCAUACAAAACUUGGGCCCGUCAGAUCGGUUAUCCAUAGUUAUUUUCUCAUCAUCAGCUCGUAGAAUUUUACCAUUGCGAAGGAUGUGCAGUAGUGGUCAUGAUGAUGCUAUCCGAUCCGUCAAUGCCCUUUCCUCUAGUGGUGGGACAAACAUUGUGGAAGGUCUUAAGAAAGCGGUUAAGGUUCUUGAAGAGCGACGUGAGCAUAAUCCCAUUGCAAGCAUUAUCCUCUUAUCUGAUGGCCAUGAUACGUUAAAUGGUGAUACUCACAGCCUAUACCGCAGUGUACAGAAUCACACUUUAAAUCCAAGGCAUAAUUUGCAGUAUCUUUACCUUUUGCCAGCUUCACUUUGUCCCCGGAAUAAUGCAUCUGGGGAUGAGUCCCGACAGCUUACCAUACCAGUCCACACAUUUGGGUUUGGCUCAGAACAUGAUUCCAAUGCAAUGCAUGCCAUAUCUGAUAUAUCAGGUGGCACAUAUUCCUUUAUUGAUUCCAUUGACAUUUUACAGGAUGCAUUUGCUCGAUGCAUUGGUGGUCUUCUCAGUGUUGUGGCUCAAGAUGUCCAACUGACAAUACAGUCAAUUUCUCCUGGAGUGCAAAUAGGUUCAAUUCACUCGGGGAGAUAUAAGAGUGAAAUCUUUUAUCAGGGGCAGAAAGCUAUCAUUGAUGUUGGAAGUUUAUAUGCAGAUGAAGAGAAGGAAUUUCUGGUAUAUGUCUCAAUUCCAGCGUCAUCACAUGCUGAAGGUGAGAAAAAGUUGGAUAAGAUGUCAUUGUUGGAUGUCAUGUGCUCGAACAAAGAUUCAUCAACAAUGGAGAUUGUUCAGUCGAGACACGAGAGAGUUGACAUAAGACGACCUAAGGUUUUGUCUCCUACGGACAGCAUGGUUUGCUUGGAGGUUGAUCGACAGAGGAACCGUCUCUCUGUGGCAGAAGCUAUUGCAAAUGCUCAACGGAGGGCUGAACUGGGAGAUCUAGAGCAUGCGCAGGCUUUGCUGUCAGAGCAAAGAAGAGCUUUGUUGUCUUCAGUAUCAGCCCAAGCUGGGGAUGGCCUGUGCAACUGGCUUGAGGCAGAGCUGAGAGAAACCGGACAGAGAAUGGCAAAUAUGCAGUUAUAUGAACAGACUGGGCGGGCAUAUGUUCUCUCAGGGUUAAGCGCACACUCAUGGCAGAGGGCCACAACUAGGGGCCACUCAACAAUCAUACUUGAAGAAGGUGCAACUACGAGCACUAACGCAACAAUUUGUUAUGAGACACCGUCUAUGGUCAACAUGGUGUCGAAAUCACAGAUUCUCACUAAUGGAUCUUUGCAUCAACCUCAAAGGCUUUUUAACAAGUCAUGCAGCCUGAUUCAGCAACAUAAAUAAGGGUGGUGUCAUAGUUUAACUGGGUAUGGCAAUUUUUUCACCAGCAUGGUAAGGGGCAUUGAGGUUGAUAGCAGUAACUGAUAUGGAGAUUCAACACUGUUUUGGGGGCAAUCUUUAUAUUUUUUAUUCCGUUGAUUGAGUUCUAGCCGGUCUUACAUUAUUUCUUUCUGCGAGUGGAUUAUGUUAAGUUGGCUUUUUUAUGGUAGAAAUAUUGCAGCAAAAGAUUUUGA